CACCUGACUUUCUGCUUUCGCCUUUGAAGUUUUCUAGAACCGCCAUGGCAACAACGAUGAGUAAAAUCAGCCGUCUCGCUGCCACCGGCCGUGCGUUGGCCGCCUCCUCCACCUCUCGCCGCCACUUAUCUCUCCAAACGGCUUUGUUUUGCAGCAGGAAUAGCACAUAUUCCUAUGCACAACCGUCUCACUGGUUUUCAUCGCUCGAUAAGGUCACCGGCGGACAAAACUGCGACGGCUGGAAGGUUUGUUAUUCCUCGGUCGCCUCAGCAGCUCGAGAGCUUCAUGAGAAAGAUUUACCACAGUCUAACAGGAAUUACGUCCCUAACGACGUCGUUCUUUAUCAGUACCAAGCUUGCCCUUUCUGUAACAAGGUUAAAGCAUUUCUUGAAUAUUAUGAUAUUCCAUACAAGAUUGUGGAGGUCAAUCCUAUCAACAAGAAGGAAAUUAAAUGGUCUGAUUACAGGAAGGUGCCAAUAUUGAUGGUAGAUGGUGAACAAAUGGUCAACUCUUCAGAUAUUAUUGAUAAAAUGUUUCAAAGGAUUCAUCCGGAUUCUAUCUCUGAGGAUGACGAAGCUCAAAAGUGGCGUGGGUGGGUGGACAACCACUUGGUGCAUGUCUUGUCACCAAAUAUAUACAGAAGUCCCUCUGAGGCUCUUGAAUCAUUUGAUUACAUCACUGGUCAUGGUAAUUUCAGCUUCACUGAAAGGCUGGUUGCAAAGUACGCCGGAGCUGCAGCCAUGUAUUUUGUGUCAAAAAAGCUGAAGAAAAGACAUAACAUCACCGAUGAGCGUGGAGCCUUGUACGCAGCUGCAGAGACAUGGGUGGAUGCCUUGAACGGCAGACAAUAUCUUGGUGGUUCGGAACCAAAUUUGGGUGAUCUUGUUGUGUUUGGUGUUCUGAGACCUAUACGGUACCUCAAGUCCGGCAAGGAUAUGGUGGAGAACACGCGUAUCGGCGAAUGGUUCACUAGGAUGGAGAACCAAAUGAAGCCUCAUCGUCUUCAAGAAGCGUAAUCAGUCAGAAUCGCUCUAUAUCUUUUAACUUACUUUCGGUCAUUCAUAAAUGAGAAGCUAGAAGGGAUAUUUUAGGAAGUUUGAUGAGGGAAAAAUAAUGGUGAUAUCUGGAUUUCUUAUAGUUAUACCUCAGAAAUCGGACACAUAUUAACGCAUUCCUUGCUCAUCGACUUCCGACCAUCGUUUUCGGCCGGAUCCUGUGCCGGAAAUCUUGAUAAGAAGUUUGAUUUUCGUUUGGGUUUUGUUGAUCGUUUAACGAGUUCUUUCGUGUCCGCGAUUUUGCAACGUUUGAGUUAACACAUGAUGUUUGGAAUUUCUCGUAAUGAUUGUUACCGGAAAAUAUGUGAAUUUUGGAUGGGAAGAGGCAGGACCGGACUUACCUAAGCUUCAUUGCUCGAUCGUAAUGGAAUAAUAAUUACGUUCUUAACGAGUGUCACUGUAAUGUUUUAUUAGUUUAUGGAGUAUGAUCGAAGUCUUGCAUUUAAUAGAGAGCGGAGUUUGAAUCU